GUUGCACAAUAAAUAUGCAAGAAAUAAUAGAUGACAGUAUCUGAAUAAGCAGUUAAACAAGCAAUGCGCACAUUAAUUACAUAUUAAUCUAAACAAAAUAGUGAAUAUGCAAAUAUGAUAGCAUGUUCAUCUAUUAUAGAGCUUGAUACAUAAAUUUCGAAAAUUUAUCAAGAUUCGACUGCAGUUAAUCAUGCGUCUUCUGUUCCCUUAAAGUGAUCCUAUAUAUUGAAGCAAAAAAAAGCUUUCGUUAAACUGGUAUUAAACCGAUUUGAAUAGCAAUCGCUAUUAACUACAUAUGUACAUAUGUAUGUAGUUGUACUAUUGGGGAUAUUGUGGAAAACUCAGAAACUAUAUUUAUAAUGUUGAAAAUUGAGUGAUAAAAACAAAAAAAACAGUCAGUGCACUAAAUGUAUUAUUUUAUGCAAUUGUAUAAGUAUUGAAAUUGUAAGCCAACAUUUCAUAAAAUACCAAAUAUUUUUACGUUUUCCAGAUACGCUGUCAAUAUUCUCAGAUUUAAAAAAUCCUCAAUUACACAUUAUAUAGAGAUAUAUGCAUAUAUUCUUAUAUUUUAGCUUUAACUAAUAACGUUUUAAAUUUUGAAAUAAAAAUCAAUUAAGCUAUAUAAUGUUCUGCACAGGCAGUAGUAUUACCAAAAGGAGGAGUGGGUAUCCCAACUUAGACUUGAAAUUCUAAAAUAGAAGAAAAAACAUAUUCACACAGAUGCACAUUUACACGAACAAAAUAUUGUAUAAACCUCACAAACACUUAUACUUAUAUGCUCAUUGUACUGUAAAACAGGUUGAAAAGAAAUAAAGUUGCAAUAAAUAAAAAUACAUAAGCAAAUAAGGUAAUAUAUUAUUUACAUUCAAUGCAAAGAGUAAAAAACCAAUUAUGGAGUCCAAGUGUUCGAAUUAAAUCGAAAUCAUGCUAUGGUCUUAAGAAUGAGGCAUCUAUUUUCGAAAUCUUAUCAUUCAUUCCACCUGCACCUUGCAGAAAACGCUUCAAUGUGUUUACUGUUUUUACCCUGAAAUCUUCAUGUGUGUUAGAAGAAACCCAAAAUAAAUAACUACUUUCACGAUUUCUAGCAACUGCUCGGCAGCUGGCUUAUAGUUCACAAUAUUACGAUACGAACAAAACGAGCAAAUAUACAAAAAUAAACAACCGAUUUUAAUGACGCUGCUGGUACAUAUUUCAGGCAUUGAACUUACAUUGUUAUUAAACAUGCAUACUCCCUACUUAUUUGAGCACAAUGUACCGACACGUUACCAUACAGUUAUAAAUAUUUGUAUAUAGUCCAUGUACAUAAACCUAACUGUAAAUUCAACUAGCCCAAGUCAUUUGAAUUUAGCGCCAUUUUUGUUUUCAAAUACUCGUUAAAGAAUUCAGAAUCACUUAUGAAUUCAACUAAUUUUAUUAUAACAUUUAAAUCCACAAGCAGUUACAUAUUUAACAAAGGAUUUUUGUCUCUUUCAUCAGUUUCUUAUCUCGGUCAAAGUUCAGAUUUUCAUACCCCAUGAGAUGAUCGCAGCACCGCUUAUCAAUUAUCAACGAGUAUUGACUUAGACAGCCAAUUAUUCAAAAUUGAGGCUCAAUUGACAAUAUUUUCCAGUUUCUCAAAGAGCUCUGCUAUUUCGACGUCACUUGACGUCACUAUAUACCGAUUUAGAGUAAUCACAUAUUAGGUAUAUCACUUAGUUUUCUAUACCUGCGGCUUUUGAAUUAAUCAAAAGCUCAAACAGUCCAAUACACGCAUUUGUCUUCCCUUUGUGUUGACCAUCACUUCUACUUACAUAGGUAUGUGUCUAAGUUAUGUUCCAACUGAAUGCUCCACUCUCAUCUCAGUUCAAGAGUAUUUUGUGGACGCGCACAAUUACGAUUAGACUACCCUAGCUGUGUUAUCACCGACGUCGCUGCAGUCACAAUAAAUCGGCGAGUACCAUCAGUCGCAAUGCGCCAUAAGUUUCAGAUUCGAAAGUAGUCAGAGCGAUUCAGAUGCCCCGUAGCGCGUGUGUUGCUUUUAAAUAAAUGUGGGAGAACUGUGAUAUUAAUAUGUAUAUAGUGAAAGAAUAAAAGAUUCAAAUUAAUUAAGUUACAUUGAAAAAUAUAAGACGAAUGUGCUUGUGACGAACAUCGCUAACAGAUUAAUUGAACGUAAACGAUAUUCAGCUCAAAUACACGUAUAAGCAAGUCGAAGUUCCGUGGCACUUCAAACUAAACUGUCACCUUGUAACUGAUUGUAAAAUCAAUAAGAAAAAAAUGGUUUUGAAGCAACCCAUCGCAGACACUAUUCAAACAAAAAGUGCAGUGCAUCAAGCAAUGUCCAUACCAACUAAAAUAAGUUCGAACAUAGCGUCGAUAAGGCCAUCAAUGACAUGUCCAUCAUCUAGUCAACAUGACUGCUACUUUGAGGUUGGAUUUCCCGAUGACUCUACCAGUUACGACCAUGCUGCCACUAAUCGUCUGGGUUGUCCAAUAAAAAUUAACGAUGGCAAUGACCGCUUGACCACAACAACCAAUAAAGAAACGCUUGCAAUAUUUGAGAGUCGUGCCAAAAGAUCGCCGAGUCGCCUUAUCUCUAACGAAUCGGCCGAUUCGAUAGGUUCGAGCUCGACUGAUAAGAAGACGCCAACCAUUCCCGAUGGCGGUUAUGGCUGGGCCAUAGUAGGAGCCUCACUCGUUGUUUCGCUAAUCGCUGAUGGUUUAGGGUUCUCAUUUGGUCUGAUUAAUUCCGAAUUAUUAGACUACUUUGGAGAAUCCGCCUCAAAAACAGCUUGGAUUAGUUCGUUAUUCUUUUCGGUACCACUGUUAAUGGGGCCGAUUUGGUCGAAUCUGGUUGAUAAGUAUGGUUGUCGUAAAAUGACCAUAUUUGGGGGUUUUCUAUCAGCCGUCGGAUUUGGCCUCUCCUCACUUUGUAACUCUGUGGAAAUGUUGAUGCUGACUUUUGGGAUAAUUUCUGGUUUGGGACUGGGCAUUGGCUAUGUAACAGCAGUUGUAUCAAUCGCUUUUUGGUUCGAUAAGAAACGUACCUUCGCUACUGGCAUUGCUGCAUCUGGCACGGGAAUUGGCACGUUCUUAUAUGCACCGCUGACACAAUGCCUCAUAGAUAACUAUGGCUGGAGAAUAGCCACAUUAAUUCUCGCCGGCACUAUGCUAAAUACUUGCAUCUGUGGUGCGUUGAUGCGAGAUCCCGAUUGGUUAAUGGCGGAAAAACGUUUAGAAAAGGAAACUCAUUCACAAAAUUUAGCCACAACUCCCUUUUCUAAUGUCAACCCUAGAGAAAAUAAAAAUGGGCUCAACAUAGUUGCUACAAAGAAUGCAAUAAAUGAAAAUUUUGGAAGUAAAAACAAUACAAUCGAAAGAAAUGAAAUCAAUGAUACAAAUUACAUGAAACGUUUACAUAGUGAGAUGGUCAUUCCUACCUUUUAUGAAUCUCAAUAUUUAGAUAACGAGUAUAAAGUUAGUAGUCUGAAUACUCAUUUGUCACAACGAUUUAGUGACGAUAUGAAGUCAUCUUCGCAUGAGAACAUGCCAUAUUUGGCAAUGCAGGGAGUAAAGGAAACGGCGGUCAUUAUAGAUACCUAUGCUAGCGCACUGAAGGCUGACAUUACUGAGACUCAACAUGAAGUGAGAAACUUGAAUAUGAAAUCAAUUGAGACUUCCUAUAGAACAAAUUCUAACGAUUGUCCAUUAAUUUUGGCAAAUGACAAUGUUAAAGGUCUUACCAAUUGUACGACAUAUAUUUUGAAAUCCGAAAAUAAUAUAUUGAAAGACCCGAAACAUUUUGUGCGGGUUCAAACCCCAUCGCACUUGAAUUUAAUGCAAACUAGCUCAAUACCAAGUUCCAAUCUCCAGAAAAAUAUGCGAAUGCACAUUAACAUAUCACAUGAUCGUGAUGCAAUAUUAAAACCAUAUUUUCACCGUACAACUUCCUGCCCGAACAUUUUCCGGAAUUCGAUGACGGUGCCAAUCACAAAUGUGGAAGAACACACUUGGUACGAAUGCGCGGUUGGCACCAUGAAGUCCUCCUUUAAAUUCUCAUUAUUUGCGGAUGUGAAAUUUACACUAUUUAAUUUAUCGAUUUUAUUUUUGUUCAUUUGGUUCAUGAUCCCAUAUCUCUAUUUACCAGAGCAUAUGAAGAUUUAUGGUUACGAAGCAGCAGACAGUGCACAUAUGAUUUCAGUUAUUGGCAUCGCGCAAACAAUUGGCAUGAUCGGUCUGGGCUAUGUAGGCGAUCGCUCUUGGAUGAAUGUUAAUGUCUGCUAUUCGGUGUGUAUGGUAGUUUGUGGAAUCGCGGUGCUUCUAAUGCCGCUCCUGGUGAGCACCUAUGGUGGACUACUGCUGGCUUGUAUUACCUUCGGUUUCACGUUUGCCAGUUCAUAUUCGCUUACGCCAAGCAUUUGCGUUAGAAUUGUGGAUUUAGAUGAUUUUACAUCCGCUUAUGGUUUGGUGUUGUUGGUUCAGGGCGUCGGUAUGAUUGUGGGACCACCAAUUGCUGGCGCAAUUUUUGAAAUGACGCUGAGGUGGGACGACACAUUCUAUUUGGCCGGUGCAUUUAUAGUCCUAUCUGGUGCGGCUUCCUAUCUGAUUGAACUAUGCGAGAUGGGAGAGAAAGUCAGAUCCAAUGAUGUAUCUGAAAUAUAAAGCACAUAAAGAUAUGAAAAUCAAAGUUCGAUUUGUAUUCAACUUUUUAGAAAAACUCACCGAUUGAUAGUAUAUUUACAUGUAUGGAAAUAACCAUUCCAUCCCGUAAAUAAAUGAGCACAGAAGCAAAUCGCAAGCAUAUAAAAAAUUAUACUUGGAAUGUAAAAGCGCAGGUAAUGUUUCCAGAGCUCAGGACUAUAGAACAGUUUCAUCACUGCACUCCUACAAUUCCACUGUUUUAAAAAUAUACAAAUGAAAAAUUACAUUUCGAUAAAUACUAAAAACAACGCAAAUGCAAGCAACUUACCCUAACUGAAAUAUAUACCAAUUACUUUUGAAGAGAUUUUGAAUGUAUUCAUACAAAUAAAAAAAAUAUUUAAGAUAAACAUUAAGCAUUGUAUUUAAGAAUGUACUUAUAUAAAAUCUUGUAUUCUUCUGAGUUAUAGUGUUAGUGUUUGAUUUCUCAUAUAUAUGAUUUAUUUUUCAAAUGGUCCUAGGUAUUGUAAGAUCAGUUGUUUAUUUCCAAUUAGUAUUAUAUUUAUAGCGUUAAAAUAUGUUCAAUUGUAUGCUUGUAAUAUUGGUUUUUGGUAUUUUUAAAAGCGCUUAAAACAAUUUUGGUUUUUGUCUUUUUUGUUUAAUUCUAAUAGAUCAUAUAGCGCACAUUUUUCAUUAUACGUGAAAAAUUAUUGACGACCACCCUUUGCGCGAAGAUUGUGAAAUUUGUAAGACUAGAAAAAGAAGAAAUAAAUCAUAAAACACCACCAGUAGCACUGCUUUAGUCGUAACUAAUUGAAAUAAAUUUUAAACUAUUUAUCUUAAUUUUAGCAUUUAUAACUGUUAUUAAUGAUAAGAGUCAAGAUUUUUAUACAGUCUGACAUUUUUUUUGUGUUUUUUCACUAUCUAAUGGCAACUGACAAUCAGAAAUUUUCAAGUGUUACAAUUCUGCCAAUUUAUUAGUUUCUCCAGAAUAGAAACAUCUCUUCCAAAAAGAGAUUAAAGUUUCAAGUUCUCAAAUAUAAGUAAUUGAAUAAAUUUGAAAAUCUGAAAUUAAAUACCUUUACAUUUUCUUUAAGCAAUUCAUUACAGUGGUUACCACAGUAACUUUAAAACUUUUGAAAUAUAUUUUGUUCUUAGUUAAGUUAUACGCCUAAUUUCUCUGCUUAAAAAUCCGGACUCUAUCAACAUAACAGUAAUAAUCUCAUAGCCAAAAAAAUAAGUUUUCAAGACUUUAUUUGGUUUUUGAUUUUCUAUUUGCGUGGAGUUGAUCUAUUGAUAUAUGCGUAGAUAUAAUUUUUUAGAUUCGUUUAAUGUCUUAUAUUAUAAGAAUAUUAGGAAAUGCCGGUUUUCCGUUACACACAUUUCACUUUUAGUGGAUUUAAAAUAAAAUUAAAAAACAGAG